AUGAGUUUCCCCUCUUAUCUCCAGGUGAGCCGCCCGAUAGUGGUGGGAGCGAAAUCUCCGGUUGACCGUCGCCGGAGAGCACUGGAGAGAGUGAACAAAGAGCUCACCAGAGGCAAUUACGAAACUGCUCUCUCUCUCUUUCCCAAGAAAGUGGAUACAUUAGACAUGAGUAGAAAAACCCAUCUUUCGGAAAUUCGGUCGUUGAUCGAUUCGGUCUCUAGAAGCAUUGAAACUGUUUCUGCCCAAGAGAAUUCGGUGAGAAUAUUCAAACAAGAAGAAACUAAAACUUCACCUGAAGAAGAUUGGUUCGCUGUUGUUCAGCAUGAAUCCGGGCAUUUUCUGGUUGGUUACUUGCUUGGAGUUCUUCCAAGACACUAUGAGAUACCAAGUUUGGAAGCUAUAAGGCAGAAUGCAUCAAGCGUGACCGGGAGAGUAGAAUUUGUGGGCUUCGAGUUCCUCAGAGAAGUUGGUGCUGCAAAUCAGCUUGUUAAACAUAAUGUGGACAGCCAAAUGAAUCUAUCGGAUCCUCAAGGCAAUAUCCCAUCCAAAACACUGAACAACUUUUCAUGUGUUAUACUUGGAGGGAUGGUAGCAGAAGAAAUACUAUUUGGAUACUCGGAAGGUUUCUAUUCAGAUGUUGUCAAGUUGAACAGUGUGCUGCAAUGGCUAGGUUUCAGAGAAAAAGAAAAGGAAGCUCAUAUUAGAUGGGCUGCUUCAAACACUGUCUCCUUAUUACAUUCCUACAGUGAAGCAAGAGUUUCACUUGCACAAGCCAUGGCUAAUUCCAAACCUAUUGGGGCCUGUAUUGAAGCCAUUGAAUCUGCAAUAUCUACUAGCUAG